ACGUCACGUCCUGUUUGGCGCCGCGAGGAGGAAAUGCUUGAGUGAGCUUGAAGAAGGAAACGGGGAGAGGUUUGAAGAAGACAUGGCUGAACUGUCACUGUAUCUGACAAACGUCAACGUGUCUCUAGGGCAAACUAUGGACACAGAGAAGAACUCUACUGUCGUAAAAGAGUUUGAAAGUGUGGAACUUGGAGAUCUGGGGAAAAAGCAGCCAAAGAUUCCUCGCAGAACAAUCUACUUCGCGAGUGGUGAAACCAUGGAGGAGUUCAGUACAGAUGAGGAGGAGGAGGAAGAACCAGAGAAAAAGAACACUUUAAGUACAGUAGAUCCGGCAAAGUUGACCUGGGGUCCAUACUUCUGGUUCCAAAUGUGGAGAAUGGCUACCUCUACCAUCUCAGUUUGUGACUAUCUUGGUGAAAGAAUGGCCUCACUGCUUGGAAUCACAACACCAAAAUAUCAGUAUGCAAUUGAUGAGUACUACAGGAUGAAGAAGGAGGAGGAAGAGGAAGAAGAAGAGAACCGGCUCUCUGAGGAGGCGGAGCGGCAUUUUGACGAGCAGCACAAUCAGGAGGGCCAGCAGCCAAAGAUUGAGCAGCCAGAGGCAACUGCUUCCUUUGUGAAUGUGACCUUUGAACUUGAACAGGAAUCCCAUACAACACCUGAUGCUAAUAAAGUGCCUGCCCCCAUUCCCUCCUAAAAUGCUGUUCAAUCGAUUGAAAUUCAAAAUUGGACUAUGUAACCCUAUUUACUGUAAACAUAAGUACAAGGUUUGCUUGAUUUAAUUUUUUGGGAAGUUUAUCAUAUAUGAUGCUAAAUUUGAACAUGAAGGUACAUGUUGUGUAUGCAUAGCUGACAAUAGUUCUGCUUUGAAUGCAAAACUAUUUUAAUCAUUUAUAAAGCCCUACGUUAAACCUUUCAGUAUGUAAGUAGAAAGUACCAGUAGCUUAUAAAAAAUAUCCCCAUUACAACAAUUCAUUGUACAUUUUUUCUAAUUAUAAACACCUAAAAAGCCUACUAAACACUAUAACAACUGCAUGGAUCUCCAAUCUCUAAGGUACUGUCAAAUAGUAGAUAUUAAUUAUAACAUUAGUCAUUUACUAAGUUACUGAUUACACUGAGUAUUUGAAAGAAAUGUCAGUGGUCAGAUAAGAAAAUGCACUUAAAUCAUGCAUUGUAUUUUUAGAUCUUACAACAUUUCAUCUGAGAGAACAGAUAUUUUUAUUUUUCAACCAAAUGUCCUUUUUAUUUUGAACAAUAUUUUUGGUGUGUAUGUGAAUAUGUGCUCUACCUAUGGCAAAAAUUUGAGUUAAAGUUUGUCUGCUCUCACACGAAUGGAAAUGCAUUUCAUUUUGCGUAUGUUUAUUUAUUUGUGUACAAUGUUUUUUUGUUUUGUUUUUUUUUUGUAGGUGAAAAAAUACAUCUACUUUUCUAUAUAAAUGUACGUGAAAUAAUACAGCUUGUUUUGUAACAUAUUACUUAAUAAACACUUCAAAAUACAA